AUUUUUGGAUAUAAAUAGGGGAUUUUUAAAAUUAAAAAGUACAUUCAGGAUUAGAAUCAUCACUGGACAAUUUAUCAUAAAGCAAUGGCUGUAAAAUUUUUUGUCCAAGUUACUCUCUUAUUUUUUACCGUUCUAUCAGUCGGGCAAGCAAAAACUCCUCAAAGAAUUUCUGGAGGAACUCCUUGUCGUGCAGGGGAAUUUCCUUUUAUUGUUUCGUUGAAUGUUAAUGGAGCCCAUUUGUGUGGAGGUAGUCUCAUCAGUAACCGACAUGUUGUAACAGCAGCUCAUUGUGUGGUUGAUUUCAGUGCUCAGGGAAUGAAUUCCCUUCGAGUUGUAACUGGUACUAUUUAUUACAAUAGUGGUGAUGUACACUCUGUCAAGAAAGUUUGGUAUCACAGAAAUUACAUUCGUGGUGAUAGCACUUCUCCCAACGACAUUGCUAUUAUUGAAUUGCAAACACCAGUACAAUUUAAUGCACAACAAAGCAGCAUUCGCAUUGCAUCCAGACCAACUCCAACAGGAGUGGUAGCAACUGCAAUAGGAUGGGGAUUCCCUAGUGCUCAAUAUCCAGUCAAUAGUUAUAUUUUGAAGAAAGUUCCUUUAACAACAAUUCAACCUAGUCAAUGCCAGCCGUACUUGCCAUACACACUUUGGACUCAUCAAAUAUGUGGCAGUGGAAUGCAAGGGCAAGGAGUUUGCAUGGGUGAUAGUGGUGGUCCUUUAGUUUAUAAUAAUGAACUUAUCGGUAUUGUUUCGUAUGGAAUUCCAUGUGCUGUUGGUAAUCCAGAUGUAUUCACAAGUGUUUAUCAAUACCAAGAUUGGAUCUUAGAUGUUCUCCGAUUGUAAAUAGA